AUGGACGAACGAACGAACGAAAGUAACGCAAGAAAGGAGGCAAAGGAGGAGGAAGGAAGGCAAAGGAAGGGAAUAAAUAGAUUCAAAAAGCUACAAAAUGAUAGAAGGAUUACAAAAGGACAAGGGGACGAAAAAGAGUCUUGUAUUCAAACGAUGAUGCAAGAGAACGGAAAUGGUCUUUCGAGCAGUACCGUAAAACGGGAGAAGAGCAACGGGGUAUCGAUUUAUCGAGGGUGGUAUCGUCCGGGGCUGGGUAGUCGAGAUUGGACCGAAAACUUUGAGAUUGGACUCAAAUCGUCGAGGUCGGAAUCAAAAACAGCGAGAUCGGAAUCGAAGAAGGACGCUUGGAUCGGCGGUGGUACCGAUUGA